GGUGGCGGAUGGUUGGAGAAAGGAAGACUAUACUGUAAAUCCCAAAGGUAGGAAUCCUCUGAGAUAUAGUCCAAGUCCAAAUUCAGUGCUGAACUGUGAUGGAUGAGGUACUUACACAAUAAUUGCAAUAGUGCAUAUUGCCAUACUGUGUCUGAAAAGCUCAAGGCUCAUUUAGGCCCUGACAUAGAAACAUCAUAAAUGGACAACAACAUCAAGUGACCCACUCUGAUUUCAUAACAGCCGUCUGUUGAAGUCAUUUGUUAACGCAAAGCUCAGCUGUCAUCAGCCUCCUCAAGACGCCUCCCACUGCCAACAGAUCGAUGGGACAUGCAGGUGUGGAGGCUGUAAGAAUUUAGAAAAACAAUGUCACUCAAAGUGAUCUAUGCAUUUCAUUGGUUGUUCUACUUCCCACAGCCUAUGCAGGCCCCGCCCCUGUAAGCAUACUGUGAAAGUGAUGCCGUGGGAACCUAACUUGACUCGCAGACCACAAAAUUGGCCAAAGCCACAGAAGAGUUUGCAGGAGUUAUCUGAAGUGUGUGGACUUGCACGACAACAUGAAGAGAGCGCAAGAUUUCAGCUCUUCUGAUAGCGAACUAGAUGACAGCACUGAAGUUGAAAAGGAGAGCACUGAGGAGAAUGAGAAUACCUACUUUUCAAACGAAACAGUGCCGUCAACAUCUCAGGCAAGGAAGCGGCGUAGAGGGAUUGUUGAAAAACGACGACGUGACCGUAUUAACAGCAGCUUGUCAGAACUGCGUAGACUCGUGCCGAGCGCUCUUGAGAAACAGAGCUCAACAAAGCUAGAGAAGGCUGAAAUAUUACAAAUGACUGUGGAUCAUCUCAAGCUCCUCCACGCAGCUGGAGGGAAAGGUUACUUUGAGGCCCAGUCAGUGGCCAUGGAUUACAGGAACCUUGGCUUCCGUGAGUGCCUGGCAGAGGCAGCUCGAUACCUGAGCAUGGCUGAGGGUCUUGACGCAUCGGAUCCCCUGCAAGUGCGCCUCGUGUCUCACCUCAGCAGCUACGCCUCCCAGAGAGAGGUGCACUCCGGACUCGGGCACGCAGCGUGGGGCCCAGGUUUCAGGGGCGCCUUGCCCGCUCACCAUCCCCACCAGCCCCUCCACUUGCCCCUGAAGCAAACCCAGCAGAGUGUGUCUCCGGCGGGGUUACGGAGCUCCAGCGGCUCCCCUUCCUCCUCCUCCUCCUCCUCCCCCGCACAUCUCUCUCUCUCGUCCCGCCUGACCGGCCCGUCACUGUCCAAGUCUGGCCCCUCACAGAUACCCCCCGGCGGGCCCGGGCAUAACCUCAGCGCCUGUGUGGCCGCUAAACUUCCGCCACCGUUCCUGUCGUCCCUCUCCCCCCUCUCCGCCUUUCCCUUUGGUCUGGGUGCCUUCCCCCUGCUCGGCCCCUCUGUGAGCCCAGCUGCAGCCGGGACAGCUGCGGCGAGGAGGCCCUACAGGCCGUGGGGAACAGAGAUAGGGGCUUUCUAACCCCCACAACGCCCCCACUUCCUCAUGGGUCUUUCUGAACUUGCGUCAACCUCACAGAGAAGUCAGGGCCAUUUGAAGCCCCCACGUGUAAUGAAAUAUCGGCAUGUGUUGGGAGUCGGACCACUGUAUGGUGAGAACUCUCCUACAAGUGUUUUGAGUUAGAACAGAGCAUUCUGACCUCUGUGGUCUGUACAUUUAAGGACUAGGAGAGCAGCCAUCAAUCAUCAAUUGAGCAACAAUGUUUUCAUGCCUUCAGUGGAUGUGGUGCCACUCUCCAGACCAAUCAUUAACACAUACAAAAAACUGGCAUAUGUUCUCUUUUUAGGUUUCAAUGUUUUUCUGAAGUAAUUUCUUUGUGCCUGAUCAGUGUCCAGUCUGAACAUGACAAUGCCGUAAUCUGAAGUGAUGGUUUAUCAGAAGGUUUGACAUCCUGUACACGGCACGACUGGAACACCUCUCACUGAACUUAAUGUUCUGCUUCUGUCAAACUUGGAAAUGCUUAGGAUUAGUAAAUAGAUAUGCUAGCAGGCAUAGGCUAUUUUUAAUCAUUUAAUUAUUUUUUAUAUAUACUGUAUAUAUCUGAAGCUAUGUUAUCACUGAAAAUGUAAAUGCAUGAUUUUGAAUGUUAUGUUUUCCCUUCUGGAUUAACCACUAGAAAAUGCUAAACUUUUGAUUCUGAAUAAACUGCAUUUCAGUAAUAAAA